AUGUACAAGUACACCGCACUCUUGACGCUACUUUUCGCCGCCACCUUGGCUGUGGUGCACGCCGAGCCACCACGUUUUCGUGCAGCACUCAGACGCGCUCCGGGUCGUUUCCUUGCGCGCCAACAGGCGGCGAUCGCCGAUAACGCGGACGAUGUGCCACCCGUUGUAGCGGCUGAUCAGCCUGCGCCAUAUCCACCAGCCGGAGUUACACCAUCCAUUCCUUUCGAUUUGCCGACAGAGACAGAGGCUCCACUGCCCGACGAAGUCUACGGCCCACCAGAGGAGGAGGAACCCACACCCGAUCCAACCUAUGGGCCACCAGAGGAGACUACCACACUACCGACACCCGCUGAUAACGCUGAGGGCGUUAUUGCAUCCGAAAACCUGAUUCAACCACGCCGUAAACCCGUUUUGGCGAAACAACGCGCCCGUGGUGUUGUGCGCUCGCAGCCGCUGAUACUACAAGCUGUGCCUGCUGCACCGGGAGUUGUAGAGCUCGUGCGCGCUGAGCCCGGUGUUGUUUACCUUUUGAAGUAA